UUGAGUGCAUUCACUCCUCCUCUGUCUAUUUAAUCUUCCAUGCCACAUUUACAAGUCAUUCUCACACUCCCAAAACACAUAGUGAAACCAAGUGAAUAUGGUCAGAGACAUGAGGAAACUGUGUUGCUUAUUUGUGUUAAUAAUGCUGAGGCUUGCACUUGGUGAAGUAGCUUCCUCAAGAAAAGAGAUGGUGCCGGCGAUGUUCGUAUUCGGAGACUCUCUGAUAGACAAUGGGAACAAUAAUAAUCUGGCUUCCCUGGCCAAGGCUAAUUAUUAUCCUUAUGGGAUUGAUUUCCGGGGCGGUGCCACUGGUCGCUUUUCCAAUGGUUACACCAUGGUUGAUGAAAUAGCUGAGCUCUUGGGACUGCCUUUAACACCAGCAUACUCACAAGCUUCCCAGGAAGAUCAAAUGCUUCAUGGUGUCAACUAUGCUUCUGCUGCUGCUGGAAUACUCGAUAUCACCGGAAGAAACUUCGUUGGUCGAAUACCGUUUAAUCAGCAGCUUAAGAACUUCGAGAACACACUUGAUAGAAUUACAGACAAUCUGGGAGCACCUGAUGUAGCACAAGCCCUUGCCAAAUGCAUAUUUUUCGUGGGAAUGGGCAGCAAUGACUACUUGAACAACUACCUCAUGCCCAAUUACCCCACCCGGAACCAGUUCAAUGCUCAACAGUACGCUGAUCUCUUGAUUCAGCAGUACAAAGGCCAACUCACUAGACUCUACAAUCUUGGAGCAAGGAAAGUCAUUAUUGGCGGGCUUGGAUUAUUGGGGUGCAUUCCCAGCAUUCUGUCCCAGAGUAACUCUGGUCACUGUUCCGAAGAAGUGAAUCAAUUGGUUUUACCUUUCAAUACUAACCUCAAGACAAUGGUCAACAAUCUCAACACUAAUCUCCCUGGUUCCAAGUUUAUUUAUAUUGAUAUACACAAUAUGUUCCAGGAUAUUAUCCGAAACUCUAGACUGUAUGGAUUCUCAGUUGUAGACCGAGGAUGCUGCGGGAUUGGAAGAAACAGAGGGCAGAUUACAUGUCUACCAUUUCAGCAGCCCUGUCGAAACAGGAAUCAGUACGUAUUCUGGGAUGCAUUUCACCCGACAGCAGCAGUGAACAUCAUGAUGGGAAGGAAAGCAUUUACUGGAAAUCAAGACGUUGCUUACCCGAUGAACAUUCAGCAACUAGCUAAUCUUUGAUAACCUCUCCUUAACUAAUCUAUUAGUAUCUCUAGUAGAGAGGAAAAUGAGAUUCCCUCGAAAUUACUAUUAGUUCUGGAAAGUUUCCCUAACCAGUAAGAAUUUGUUCUCACUUCGUUUCUAUGGUAAAACUUUUGGUUUCCUCCUA